GUCAUUUUGCUAACAAGGACACACUACUACGCUACUCACUAUCUAUUACAGAAUAGAUUUUGAGUAGCGUAGCCAACUGUACUUCUAUCUUAUACAGUUCUAAAUAAACUGAUCACUCGUGAUCUCCCCUACGUUAUCUGUUUCCGUCAGGUUGGGCCUGUUAUUAAUUAGUGCAGAACUCCCCAUGCAAUGGGGAACAAGAUAUUUCACACUUUUUCAGCCCAGGAGCAUUAAUUGGGUACUAAACGACUUGUCGGAGAAGUACUGGAAAGCUAGCAAUGAUGCCACGAACUAGUUUGAUUCUGGAGUAGCAGCUCAAGCCCGACUUUUUCAGGCACCGUGCUCAACAAGCUCUACUUGUAUUUGAAUUUUGUUAAGGGAAGGCUUGACUGACGUAAAUAAAAGAGAACUAGAUCUCAGGCAGGCCCUAGAUGAAAAAAAGAUAAUCACUGAUUUCUUUGUUAACCUUGGUUUUGUAGAUGUAAUGUGUUUCCUGUUUCCUGACGACAACAGUGAAUCGGAGGAAGAGUGCGAAUCGAGUUGAAAACAAGACCAUUAAGAUUGUAUAAAGACAAAAUUUGAGCAAUAACCACCAAGUCCGUGCCUGAGAACUCUUAAAAUCAAUACGCUGAAUAGUGUCCUUUCAUAAUCUAGAAUCAUGGAUAAUAGAAGAGACUGGGUCUCUUCUAUUAUCCACGCUAGAAUUAAUUUCGCGUGUUUAAUUUUCGCGCGCUCUUCUUUUCGCAAGUAUUAAUUUUCGGAAUUUUUUUCCAAAACGCGAAAGUCAAGAAAUUUUUACUUGCGAAAAUUAGUAAAAAUAAGUUAAUCUACCAGGACAAGAGAAAAUGAGCAGGACAAUAUCCACAAAGUGAUGCUUCGUAUUUUCGUAUUUUUGUUACAAGGUGAUUACUUACCUUGAGAAUUUUAAAAAAUGAUACUGAUUAGCUAAUACACUAUUGUUCUUUGAAGUAUUAUUCGCCUCUUAAUUUCACAACCAAUGCAUCAGCUGAGAGAGAAAUGUUUAAGGAAGCAUUUCGAAACACUUAAGUUCUGGUACGGGAUGACAAUUAAGCAAAACAAAGAAACACUCAGAUGGAAAAAACUGUUACUUAAUUCAGUAACCUGACUGCUGUCUGUAUUUAAAGAAGAUAUAGCUUCUCGCUGGUGUUCGUCAAAAUCUCCCUAUACGGCGGUAAUACGGACCUUGUACGCGCUUAGUUAGAUAAAUUUACGUAACGCAUGCGUAGGUUAUAUUAUUUAAGACACACAAAAAGGACUGUAAACAUUUUUAAACGUAUGUAAACGAAAAUGUUCAUAUUUCAGGAGCUAGCCGUUGUCAAGGAAGCAGUAGGUUUAGUAUUGAUUCUGCGUUGUUAAAGACAAUACAAUGUAUUUGGCUGGCUAAACUAUAUAAAGCCGCUAAUAUACUAAUAAAUCACUAUUCGAAACGAUUAUCGACUAAGUCAAUGAAUGCUUCUGUUUAGCCAUCGCUUUGUUAUUAUUGACAAACACUUCGCUGACGAUUAAUAGCCUUAAGCAUCGAUUAGGAUGCGAACACCGCGGGGCCUAAAUUCGGAUGCUGUUUCAAGAAUAUUGAAGGGACCUCUAACCCGAUUUUUGAAACAUUACUACUAUCCUACUUCCAGCUAACAUGUAAACUAGUUAUUUUCAGUCUUUAUCUUUAUGCAUUGUCAGAUGCCAUUAGAAUGUUCCCUGACUCAAUUUUGAUCUACUUAAAGACAGCUGUAUUUAACUUUGGGCAAAACAAUUUAACUAGAAUAGGCAUGAAUAAAUAAUUGCUUUUCCCCGCCACGUGUAUCUUGGGAAGAGUGUUAUGCAAAAGAAUUGACCGCAGGAGUAAACGUGACGGUAUUCAGUGGUUAUUAGUAGCAGCGAUCUAGCCACGUUAGUCAAAGCGAGGUCAAGAAUCCACAAUGUAUAUGGGCCAUUCAUUUGCGGUAUUGUUCGUAAUUAUCCUUGCCUUCGCUCUGCCAACUGAUUGUCGAAGGCCUAAGGGUCGCCCGUUUAACAUAGGUCGAAGAGACAAAUUGAAGUUCCUUCACGUAUCCGACGUCCAUUACACUCCAUUUUACAAUAAAUCCGUGGACGAAAGCAACUGGUGCGACAGCUCAGGAGCCAGUUCUACCGCGGAUUAUGAAGCACCUUAUGGGAGAAUUGGAUGUGAUUCCCCAGCAGCUCUCUGGUUAAUUACUUUAGAUGGCAUGAAGGAGAAAGCACGUGACGCCAAGUUUAUAAUGUUGGCAGGAGACUCAGCUGGCCACGGUCUGACAGACGAUUUUGGUUCACACAAUGUUCUAAACAGCUUGUCCUUUGUCAGCAGCAAAGCCCAUGAAGUAUUUCCGGAAAUUCCGGUUUUUCCUGCUUUUGGCAACAACGAUCUUCCCGGACAUUAUAUACUACCAAAUAACAGCGAUUGGUACAAGACUGUUCUGACUUACUGGGCUCCGCUUAUUUUGUGCGAAAAGUGCCCGGAUCAUGUCCAAAAGCCUACGACUAUGGAGGCACUUGCGAAAACAUUUAUUGAUGGUGGCUAUUACAGCGCAAACAUUGCAGAUGGAAAGAUGAUCUUACUAGUCUUGAACACCAUGUACUGGAAUGACAACAGAUACACCGAUCCGCUUGUUGAUCAGAUAGCUGAAAGUCAAAUGCAAUGGUUCAAUGAUCAACUUCAGAUGGCCAAAAACCAGAGAAAGAAAGUUCUUAUAAUGAGUCACAUUCCUCCCGGCGGUGACCCGUACGGAUACGACUUCUUCUGGCUACCACAGUAUCUAACCCGAUACGUGAGCCUUGUAGCUGGGAAGUACCAUGAUAUAGUGGCAGGUCAGUUUUAUGCUCACACUCACAGGGAUGAUUUUCAUCUUCAAAUCUUGGACGCCGCAAAUGAAGAGGCAGAAAAAGCGUCUACGAAAUCCUUUGUUAUAAUGACUGCCUCGAUAUCACCUGUUUACAGCAACAACCCGGCGUUUAAAGUGUUCACGCUGCGCACCGACAACCAAGCCCUUGUUGAUUAUGAUCAGUACUACCUCGAUUUGGUCAUAGUUACAGAAUUUUCUAAUCCGGUGUGGAAGUUCGAUUACACCUUCAGCAGGAAAUACCCAUCCAGAAACAAGUUCAUUAACGCUGACAGAAUUGACGAAUUGAACCAGGAGCUUAUAAGCCAAACUGAUGGUACAUACUGGAAAGCUUAUAUACCUUCCACAACGGCCAAUUACCAGACAGGAUCGUACGAUCGACUUCCCCUUUACUGUAUCAUGAGAUACGUAUUUGAAGAGGAUUUCAAAAAGUGUCACGAAAAAUUCAAAGUACUUGGUGGCUAGAGAGAGGAUUAAGUCAAGAUUACAAUACUGUGUGGGAUGUAUUACUCACUUGCAUUGUAACACGGUUUGCAGGAAUAAAAACUAACUUAACCGUGAAUGGUGUUUGUAUGAUUAAUCGUCGCAGCUAUAGUUGACACCCGGUAACUCGAACCCUCCCUAACUCGAACCCCCCGCUAACUCGAAGCAAUUUUCAUUUCCCUUCAGGCCAUUUUCUAUAUAAUUUUACCCUCGAUAACUCGAACCCCCGAUAACUCGAAUCUUUUACUAUUUCCCCUGAAGGCCCGAGUUAUCGGGAGUCGACUGUAAUCUAUUGGUCCUGCCAUUGUAAUUAGGAUGGCAGGAGCUUGUGUCGAGUUUCAAAUGUGCAUGACUAGAUUCCAUUGUUGCAACUGACUGUCACCUCUUUCGGCGUUAGUCGGGAGAAGGCGAAUAAAGGCAAGUCGUUCAGAGUUAAGACAAACCUCUCUCUCUCGGUAUUCUAAAGCAAAAAUGAAACACAUCGCAAAUAGUUUGAGUGGAGAGACGGCGGGAAAUUUGUUGUUGCUAUAUCAGUAGACGAUGUAAUAAUCGUAAUUUGGACAACUCGUAUAAUUGAACUCUUUUAAUCGUACUAAUCACUUCGAACUUGUUACGUUACUCGCCAAAGACUCGACUCUUCUCUAAUCGGAAAAGCACUAAACUUAUCCUAUUACAAAAUUCACGUGAUCAAACCGGUUCAAACAAGAAUACUGUACAAACAAAAUGCAGUGUCCAAUUGCACUGAUGAAUUCUUAAAUAAGAGCAAAGUUCAACGAUUUCUACGCUAUGUUAUUCAGCUUUAUUCGUACCUAAACAAAUAGAAAAAUAUAUUUAUUGGAAAGACUUCUUAGAACGUCUAGCCGAAUUACACGAGUCUCUUUCAAGUAUCACCAAACACGAUAUUUCCACAGCACAUGUUUCGGGUUCAUGUUUCAUAUAUUUUUUCCGUGCUUCCUGUCCUUGCUGUUACUUGGUGUACAGGGAGAGUGAUUUUUGCUGCUCCUCUAUGUCACAGUGACACGAAUCCUCGAGUAUAUAGCGAAGAUAGCGCAACCACAAGCAUAAACACAUUCUUUUCAUAUCUUCCUCACAAAACAUCACUGUGGCAUAAGCAAACGUAUACCAACAACAACAAGAAAAUUGUUGGUUCUAUUGGUACUGAAGUUCAGGGGUAUACAACGACGGACCAUCAUAGUAACAAAUGCUUAUUUUUAGGCAGUUCUACUAAUUUCAAGAACCGAAUGUUCCUCUCCUUUUGCAAAGAAAUUAAUGUGAAAGGCAUGAGCAUUCACAAGUCAGAGUCCUCGGCCUCCUUUAGACUUAAUAAGAUGUUGAAAUUACUGACUCUGUACUUACCAUACAAGUUCAAGUCUGAGUUUUAUCCAAGACAAACUGCGAGUUAUCAGUAAUGACAACAAUCUCCGCGAAAUAAGGGAUGUUUGGUAGUAUAGUAGGGUAUUAAGGUAUUAGGGUAUUAGGGUAUUAGGGUAUUAGGGUAUUGGGGCA